UUGGGUCAAUGUUUGUUAGGUAACUUGUGAGAAUUACACAAUCUCUAGGAGAUCGAUGUCUGGAAAGGAGAUCUUAGAUCUAGAGUUAGAAUAGAUCUAAUGAUAGUUAAAGGCUAGGCCGCUAGCCUAAGUAGUCAGUAGUAAAUCAAGUCAGACAAGUGCCCUAACGGUGGCUAACCUAAGACUAAGUGACAGUAAACCUAAGCCUAGUUAGUAGUUUAACUUAUUAACUAUAAUAAUAAAUAAGGUCACUUCGUCACUAGAUGAUAGAUCUAGAUUCUAGAUCCAAGACCUAAGUAGAUCUAAUAAGGGUAAUUCAGGUGAGGUCUGACAGAGGUUAAGAGUUAAGGUGGAGAUUUCAUUGGGUCUAAUAAAAAAAGAGAACUAGUUGCUGUGCUUUUAGAUUCUCUGAUAUUUGCAUGGUUAUUAUGAGUUUUAGUAAGAACAACAGUUGAGUCUGGAUUAAAUGGAUUUAAAAUCUGGAAUCUAAUGCUUGUAGGCUACAAAGCAACAGAAAGUCCACUCUAUCGUAUAGUGUACAGUCAUUGAAAAGAGACAUCUCGUUGCUUUUGUUGCUUCCAAUAGCCGACUGAAGUCAUUCUAGUCUGUGUUGAUGAGUGUCGCAGUCAACAUUCAAUGUAUUUGUUCUUUUUAUCAGUACCAGGUCUGAUUAUUUAGAGCAGGGCUUCUCAAAAUAAGGACACAACAGGAAGGAUUAUUUAUAGGGUUUUAAUUAGGCCUAGUUAUUUUUGAAAUAACUAAGAGCCUUCAAGUCUCAUGGCAGUCGUUUAUUUGGAAGGAAAACAAAAAGUGGAGAUGAUGGUUCUUAGCUUGAGAAGGAGCUAAUUUUGUGCGAGCUAGAUUAUAUUCUCAAUGAAGAGGCAGUUUUAAUCAAGAACAUUCCAGAUGGGAUUUUUACUACAGCUCAGACUUUUAUUAUGGAAAAAUUUUGUUCUUCGCAAACGACAACCAUUCAGGGUGGUUGUUGAAAUAGUAUGGCCUCUGACCCUGUUCCUGAUUCUUGUAGCUGUCAGAUUCCGCCCAGAUGUCCGGGAGAAUAUACCAACAUGUCACUAUGCACCCAAGGCCAUGCCAUCUGCAGGGACACUGUCUUUCCUGGCAUCAUAUUUGUGUGACUUUAACAAUGACUGUAAUGAAAAAAGUGUGGAGACUGACAGAUUUGCAUUUAUUAAUAAUGUCAAUGGCAGCCUACUAGGCAGGCUUAUAAAUGAUUUAGAAAUAAUUCUUGCCAACAAUUCUGACUUGAAUCUCAUUUCCAACCUGGGACAAGACCUGCAGUUAUUCAACCAGCUGAUUAAAGCUUUGUCCAAUGGAUCAGCAGACCUUACACAAAUGAGAUUGAGACUGGGCAACAUUCUGAUCAAUGAACAAGAGCUGAGAGACAAUAUUGUCAACUUGAGUUUACCAUUAACACCAAAAGCAGUAGACACUCUUCUAAAUGCUACUCUCAAUUUUAGUAAAGUUUCAGAAGCUUUCAGAGACAGCAAUAGGACAAGAUUGGAUAACCUGAUAACUAUUAUUAGUGACCUAUCCAUGUUGGGUAAUAACACACGUGUUAACACAUCAUUGGUCAGCUCCAUAAUGAACACAGCUUGCAAUGACCAGAUUGUGCUUGAGUAUUUUAAUUUUAAAAACCCUGAUGAUGGAAAAGACCUCAAGACUCAGCUCUGUAAUUUAAGCCUCACUAAUGCAACUGCUCUAUUGGAAGCCAUCAAUAAAGACUUGAACAGAACAGAGCUAAGGAAUGAGAUUCAGAAUGUAUUCCGAGAUCUUACUGGCAACGUUCCUAAUUUAAACAUCACUAACAUUAGUACUUUGCUCAGAGUAUAUAAUGAUGUGACUCAGUUAUCCAGUCUUAGCAACAUUGUUGCUGAUGUUUCAGACAUUGUAUCCACCCUGUCGAAUUCCUCCAGUAAUGGUAACCAAAGCUUGCAGACAGUUUUGGGGCGUUUGAUAUGUGGCGGGGACAGUCUGCUCUUUAACAUGAGUAGUGAUAAUGAACAAUUUCUUCAAAAACAAGAAAAUCGUCAAGAAGAUCGAAAUAAGGUCAGAAAUGAGGAGUAUGAAAGGGCUAAGAAGGCUAAUGAGGAUGCUGGGCUAACUCCUGAAUGUGCUGCUCUGUAUGCCAACUUUGAACUGCAGAAAGCAACCCGAAUACUAUGGCGGCAAAUGAAACCUAUAAUACUUGGGUACAUAAAUUAUACUCCAGACACACCAGCUACAAGAAAAAUCAUCAAAGAGGCUUCAAGAAUGUUUGACUCCAUUAUUAGCUUCAUGAACUUUACUAUUGACCUUCAAACUAUCCUUCCAAUGGUGGAGACAUUUUUAAAGAAUGACUUUGAGCCAGUUAGGGAUUUUCUAAAAGGAUCAAAUUGCAAGAAUACUGUGUAUUUCUUGAAAAACCUAUCAGGCUUAUCAGCCAACUUGGUUCCAGCUGGACUUCCUGUAGGCCUCAUUCGGUCCUUAAAUGAAUCUUGGUGUGACAGAGCAGCCCAGUUUCUAUCAGUUGAUGGAUUCAGUGGAUCAUAUGACUGGACAGAUGCUUUGAACAAUACCUCAACUCUUCUGAAGAAUGUUACAUCCUAUUUUAAAUGUGUGCAGCUGAAUAAAUUUGUGGGGUUCCAUGACUCAGCAGCUAUGGUUGAAGCCAGCUUGCAGAUGAUUCAGAACAAUACCUUCUGGUCAGCUGUUGUGUUUGACAAUUUUGAGGCUGGCUCCACAAAUGUACCAUCUUUAGUCAAGUAUAGAAUUCGCAUGGAUACUGACAAGGUGGAUAGCACUAAAAGAAUUAUGGACAAAUACUGGCGACCUGGGAGCCGAGCUUACAUCAAUUCUUUAAAGUACUGGAUCUAUGGGUUUAUCUAUAUCCAGGAUAUGAUAGACCAUGCCAUCAUACGUCUUCACACCAACACCACACAGGAGCCUGGGAUACUCACUCAGCAGUUCCCUUAUGGCUGUUAUGUAUAUGAUAAAUUUGUCUUUGCUAUUUCAAGAAGUCUUCCUUUGUUUAUGGUCAUCUCCUGGAUAUACACAGUUGCUAUGAUUAUUAAAGGUAUUGUGUAUGAGAAAGAGCAGAGACUUAAAGAAGUGAUGAAGAUCAUGGGGCUUGGUAAUGGCAUUCACUGGCUGGCCUGGUUCAUUAAUUCCUUUGUCAUGAUGCUAAUCACAGUCAUCUUGUUUGUCAUAGUACUCAAGGGUGGUAAAAUAUUGGAAUAUUCUGACCCAUCUGUAGUGUUUGUCUUCAUGCUGGGCUUCACUGUGUCCACCAUUAGCCAGUGCUUUCUUAUCUCUGUUUUCUUUAGCAAGGCCAACCUGGCAGCUGUGUGUGGAGGUUUCAUUUACUUUGUUCUCUAUCUACCCUACACACAGCUAGUUCAGUUUGAAGAUGUCAUAACAACUAGUGAAAGAAUUCUGGCAAGUCUGUCAUCUAAUAUAGCUAUGGGCUAUGCCUGCAGCUAUUUCUCCCAGUAUGAAGAGCAGGCCAUCGGAGCCCAGUGGUAUAACAUUGGUGAGAGCCCAAUGGUAGAUGACACAUUCAGCCUGAGAACAUGUAUUGGCAUGAUGUUCCUUGACUCUAUCAUCUACUUGAUAAUCACCUGGUACAUUGAAGCUGUUUUCCCAGGCCAAUACGGUAUCCCAAGAAAAUGGUAUUUUAUUGUCCAAAAGUCAUACUGGUGUGGGUUCAGUCAAAAAAAUAAUGCCCACAGAGUCGAUGCUGAAAUGUCCAUUGAUGACAUUACCAAUCACAGUGAUAACUUUGAGAAAGAUCCCACAGAUAGAGCUGUAGGUGUGGCUGUGAAGAAUCUACGUAAAAUUUACAAAAAGGGUGACAAAGUGGCUGUUGAUGGCUUGACCUUGAAUUUUUAUGAAGGUCAAAUCACAUCCUUCCUGGGUCAUAAUGGUGCAGGAAAAACUACAACAAUGUCCAUAUUGACUGGCUUGUUUCCUCCAACAUCUGGAACUGCAUACAUCUAUGGACGUGAUAUUCUGACUGACAUGGAUGAGAUCCGGCAUGGACUGGGCAUGUGUCCACAGCAUAAUGUACUCUUUGACCUGCUAACUGUUGAAGAACAUAUCUGGUUCUAUGCCCGUCUCAAAGGAAGAUCAGCAGAAGAUGUCAACAAAGAAAUUGAUGAAAUGAUCCGUGAUGUUGGGCUGCCUCACAAGAGGAAAGAAAAAGCAGAGAAUUUGUCUGGUGGCAUGAAAAGAAAGUUAUCUGUGGCUAUAGCAUUUGUUGGAGGAUCUCGCACUGUAAUCUUGGAUGAGCCAACAGCUGGUGUGGAUCCCUAUGCUAGAAGAGCCAUCUGGGAGCUCUUGCUCAAGUUUAGAAAAGGUCGAACCAUUAUUCUGUCAACUCAUCACAUGGAUGAAGCAGAUGUGCUGGGGGACAGGAUUGCAAUCAUAUCUCAAGGGAAACUUUGCACUGUGGGCACAAGCCUUUUUCUAAAGAAUAAAUUUGGCAGUGGUUACUACCUCACACUUGUUCGCCAGGAACCCAAUGGAUCAAUCACGGAUGACUCUGCCUCUCUUAGCAGUAGACCAUUGACAGCUUCCAGCAUCAGGACUCUUAUUGAAGUCGAGCUUAUGGCUAUUCGCUGGUUCUGGUCUUCAAUCGUGGGAACCAUUUUUGAUCUCCACAAGAAAAGUGCACUCACUGGAAGUAACGAUGGUAAAAUGCAGCCAUCUGGCAAUAAUGUCAACAAAUUUGCUCCCACUGGACGUAGCAUUGAUAAACUUACAUCUUCUAGAAUUUAUGUUCCAAAAGUGUCAUCGACUAAAAGUAAUAUUUACAAAAUGGUGUCAGCUGGAAGAAAUCUUAAAUCCGCUUUUACUAAAAGCAAAACGUUUGCACCUGCAUUCACUGAUGAAGAUGAAGGCUAUGAUGAGAAGAAUACAGUGGACUCCAAUAGUGAUGAUGGAGUUGUGCCACUUCCACUGCCAAAAACUAGAACCAUGGUUUCAGGUUUCAGCCUGCCUCGUCUGACUUCAUUUAUUCAAAAGAUAGUUCCAGGGGCAGUCCUGGUGGAGGAUAACAGUAUGGAGGUGUGCUACAGGCUCCCAGAGAAUGACGGACAUGCCAGAAGAUUUCAGGAUUUGUUUUCUGCCCUAGAGACGUCUUACAAGACAUUAGGAAUUUCCAGCUAUGGGAUAUCUGACACCAGUCUUGAAGAAGUUUUUCUGAAAGUGGCUGAAGAGAACUCACCAGACAAUGAAACUGAAACUCUGCAGUCUAAACUGAAAGAUGACACUGGACGGUAUCCUACCAGGUCACCCAGACACAGCCUUAGAGGAAACCAAACCAGUUUGUUUAAGCUCAGUUACAAAAACCGUGUCAACUCUUCAGAGCAUCUGACUGCUGAUACUGAUGAUGCAGCAAGGAAGAUUUAUGACUCCGUCACUUCUGAAAACCCUGAUCCAGCAGUAGAAGUGAAUUUCAGUGGAGCUGGUAAGGUACAAGUGACAGGCAGGAAGCUGGUGGCUAGACAGAUGAUGGCUAUGUUUCUGAAAAGGUUUCAUCAUGUCAGACGAAGCAAAAAAGGUUUUAUCAGUGAAAUUCUAUUGCCAGCAGGCUUUGUGUGUCUGGCUAUGGUGUUUUCUCUUAUAUUGCCUCCCUUCUCUGAAGAACCUGCCCUUGAACUUCAACCUUGGAUGUAUGAACCAACCAAAGGAGAUAACUUUCUUUAUAUGUUUUACAGCAAUGAAAACUCCAGCAACCCACUAGCCCAUGACCUUGAACACAACCUGCUACAUGAACCUUUCUAUGGAACUCGAUGUAUGAACAAGUCUGUAUAUGAAAUAGAUGGUAAAUCUUGCCUAGCACCAUUUCCACUGACCUGGACACCUGGUAAAAACCCAGAACACACAAAACCUCCAGAAUGUUCCUGUAGCUCAGGCUUCUUAAGAUGUCCUGAAGGAGCAGCAGGUUCAGAACCAGCUAAAAUGAAUCUAUGGACAAACGACAGACUGUACAAUGCAACAGGAAAAGAUCUUUCAGAUUGGUUAUUGAAAACUGACAGCCUUUAUCAGAAAAGAAGGUAUGGUGGCUACAGUUUUAGUGAGAAAUCAAGCAUCUCUAGGCUAGAUGCUAAUCAGAUAUCUGCCUCAUUGGACCGCCUGAUACGAGCAGCAAACAAUAACAAGUCUAUAUUCUCUGGAGCCAUUCCUCUAAUGAAAGAUUUGGAAAAUGGACUUAAGUUUGCCCUGUCUCCCUAUAAUCUCAAGGUAUGGUUCAAUAACAAGGGCUGGACUGCAUCUGUAUCCUACAUGAAUGCUUUGAACAACCUCUUGUUAAGGACACUGUUGCCUUCAGAUAAGAGUUCACAGAACUACGGCAUCGUCACAAUCAACCAUCCAAUGAACUUAACUAAAGAACAACUGAAUGAAGAAACAUUGUUCAACAGUGCAGUUAAUGUGGUGGUGGCCAUCUGUGUUAUAUUUGCCAUGUCCUUUGUGCCUGCCAGCUUUGUGCUUUUCCUAAUUGAAGAGCGGGUCUCCAAUAGUAAACACUUGCAGUUUGUAUCUGGCAUCAACCCUACUGUGUAUUGGUUGGCUAACUGGAGCUGGGACAUGAUCAAUUAUUCCAUUCCUGCUUUAUUGUGCAUCUUGAUUUUUGUGGCAUUUGGAAAGAGUGCUUAUGUCUCACCUUCAAACUUACCAUGUCUGUUUGCCCUUUUAUUUUUAUAUGGAUGGGCAAUUACUCCAAUGAUGUAUCCAUUUUCACGGCUGUUUGAUGUGCCAAGUUCAGCAUUUGUAGCUUUGUCAUGUGUCAAUGUAUUUUUAGGCACUGUUUCAACCCUGGCCACUUUCAUUUUAGAAGUACUUUCACAGGAUGACCCAGAUCUAAAAGAUAUCAAUGACAUUUUGAAGCAAGUAUUUCUUUUACUUCCACACUAUUGCCUGGGCCGUGGUCUCAUUGAUAUGGCUUCUUAUCAAACUCAAGCAGAUCUGACAGCCAGAUUUGGUGAAGUUCUACACUACAAUUUGUUUGAUUGGAAGAUAGUUGGACGCAAUCUUUUCUCUAUGGUACUCUUAGGAGUUCUGUUUAACUUAUUGAACUGGCUUAUAGAAUACAAGUUUUUCUUAUCUUGGAGCUGCUUGUCAAAGACUGCAGUCAGUAAACUUAAAACUGAAGACAUUGAUGUGGCUAAUGAGAAAAGAAGAGUUCUGUCAGGUGGAGCCAAAAAUGAUGUCAUGAGAUUAGAAGGAUUGACUAAGGUCUACUGGACACCUGGAAAAAAGGGUAAGAUGACAGCAGUUGAUAACUUGUAUGUUGGAGUACCUAAAGGUCAAUGUUUUGGACUGCUGGGAGUCAAUGGAGCUGGAAAGACCACAACUUUCAAAAUGUUAACUGGUGAUGUCAGUGUGACUUCUGGUGAUGCAUUUAUAAAUUCAUAUAGCAUAGGCAAAGAUAAAGUUACUGUAAGAAAGUAUAUGGGCUACUGUCCUCAGUUUGAUGCCCUUGACCCUCUUCUAACAGGGAGAGAGCAUCUGGAAUUUUAUGCCAGAAUCCGAGGCAUCUCGUCUAAAGAUGUGAAAAAUGUGGCAGACUGGGCAAUCAAAAGACUGGGGCUUGUCCGUUACUGUGAUAAAAUCUCUAGCAGUUAUAGUGGAGGUAACAAAAGGAAACUCUCGACAGCAAUAGCUUUGAUUGGGAAUCCACCCAUCAUAUUUCUGGAUGAGCCCACCACAGGUAUGGAUCCAGGGGCCAGAAGAUUUCUAUGGAACUGCAUCAACACUAUAGUCAAGUCUGGCCAUUCAGUUAUACUUACCUCUCACAGCAUGGAGGAAUGUGAAGCUUUGUGUAAUAGACUGGCCAUCAUGGUGAAUGGUUCCUUUCAAUGUUUAGGAAGUGUACAGCAUCUGAAAAAUAGGUUUGGCAAUGGUUACACAAUUAUUUUAAGAGUCAGUGGUCAGAAUCCUGAUAUGCAUCCAAUCAUGGAGUUUAUCAGCUCUACCUUCCCCACUGCUAAACUGAGAGAGAAACAUCACAACAUGUUACAGUACCAACUGCCUACAGACAAUCUGUCUCUUAGUAGAUUAUUUGAAGCUAUGGAGCUGGCCAAAAGAGAUUUCCAUGUAGAAGAUUACAGUGUAUCCCAGACCACAUUAGACCAGGUAUUUAUUAAUUUUGCAAAGAAACAGACAGACUUACUGGAUGAGGAACUAGAAGACACACUGCAGGACAUUGAGGAGACUAAUGUGAAUGAGAACAAUGAUGGAGAUAACACAAGUGCCAUGUACAGUGUUGAUUCGACCUCCACAGGUCUUCCUACAGAGUACGAUGAGGUUAGCGUCACAGGAAGUACAGUUGAUCUCAUAAGAUUGGACAGUUCUAGGAGUAGAAACAGAAGGAUGGGUCAUGAGCAGAGACCUAAGGAAAUCUCAGAUGAAACCAACACAGAAGACACAUUUGUAUCAAUAAGACUUUAGUUACUUUGUGUGGUGAAUCUUAAACAGGAGGAGGGAUAUUUGAAAUCUGUGAUGCCUUUGUUUUGUCCUUAACUGAAUAAAGGGGAGUUGUUUCACAUUAAUAUAUAUCUAUUCUCAUUCUUAAAACCCAUUAUUAUUUUGGUCUUGCUUUAAAUCAUUGCAUCUUCUGCCAAACUGUGAGAGCCAUUUCACAACAAUCAAAAAGGAUGCUUUCAUAGAUAGAACAAGAAUUUAGCAUCUUUGCUAAAUUAUUGAAAAAUAUGAUGUAGUAAAUAUUUUCAAAUAAACAUUUAAAAAUACAAAAUAUUUCUAACAAACUAUUUGGAUUGAAGUUUUAACAUUUUCUACCCAACGCCACUAACUGUGGAAAUCUAUUUUCAAUGCUUAUUUUUCUAUUCUUUCAUUGGUUUUGUUGAUAACUAAUUGUAAUUAAGAUUUUUGUUUACAUUAAAAAAUAUAUUUGUUUAUAUAUAA